CAAACACAUACGACCCACAAGACGAUGACGGAUUCGAAUAAACUAAACGACUCGUCGCAGCGAAGACGGUCCCCGCGGUUGACAUCUCCCUUGGUAAAUACGGAAAACAACAUGGCGCGUAACAGUAACGCUCCAGUCAAGCGUUUCACUUUGAAGAAAAUAGCGCCCAGGAAAACUACAACUGCAUCUGUUCAUACAUCUCCCUUGGUAAAUACGGAAAACAACAUGGCGCGUAACAGUAACGCUCCAGUCAAGCGUUUCACUUUGAAGAAAAUAGCGCCCAGGAAAACUACAACUGCAUCUGUGCACGACAAAGAAAAUACGCCGAGGCGAUCAGAGGGAAGCCAACAGAAAAAGGACAAGAUGUCCACUCCUGGUCCGGUUCGGGAGACCCGGCGGUCCUCCGGUGCAAAAAACAAGGCCGCCAUGCCAUCGCCGAUCCUUCCGCCAUCGACGCCGGUCCAGCCUUGUCCCCAGCAGCCAGUCGAGGAUGCACGCGAGGCGAUGUGGUCGCAGAAAGUGCGUCGCUCCUACACCAGACUCGGCGACAAAUCCUUCAACAGCCACGACGCCCGAGAGACUCUUUUCGGGUUUGAGAUGCUGCAGACCCCCGAAGUGGGACGAAGCGUGAGUCGGGCUCAGUCGACUCUGGAGGUUUCAAGUACCGCAUCUGGUCCCAGUUCCUUCAUUCUGGACGCCGAGGACUGCGUUCCGGUCCAUGACAUCCCCGGCGUGGCGUUGGCAAAGAAGAAAAAAAAACGAAGGAAGGUCCAGCAGAUCGACGUCACGGAGCUGGAUGCACUUUCGGCCAAGAUGAACGCCGAGUUCCAGGAGGCUGAACAGUUCGAGUUGGUUGUGGAGUGAAAUAAACAUGGAGACCGACAAAACACUGAACAGAGGGCGCCUGACAGCAUGUUGUGUUCAACGACAUGCUGAUUAAAUGCCAGUUUUGAAAGGACAGACAGUUCACUUAAAUGUGAUGUGUUGUUUUUUUUUCACAUGUUCUAGUUGUUCCUGCAUUAUAAUUCUGGCAUCAUGGUGUAACGUAUGGUCUUAAUGGGAUUUAUUCUGAACCGUUUUCUCUGUUUUAAUCACCAUUGUAUCGUUUAACUUGUUGCCUCUGUAAAGUCGUAUGUGAGACAAGAGUAAAGGUGAAGUUGCCUA